AAUGAGCGACAGAGAGUUCUGAAUCCCUGCUGUGUCAGUGGCCGUGGAGGAUUGUGAUUUGUACCUGUUGAGAUCCUCCCUCUGUGUGGGGCUGUGUUACAGGGAGCUCGCUGUGGUUUUCUAAGUAUUGAACAGCCUAUUUUCAACACUCGGGUCACUUCCCAAGACUGAUCUUACCUGAGAAGGAAGACCAGAGGAGGAGGAAAGCAAGGAGUCAGAAAUGACUCGUUCCCAGGGGCGGCUGACAUUCCAGGAUGUGACCAUAGACUUCACUCAAGAGGAGUGGGAAUGCCUGGACCUCGGUCAGCGGGACUUGUACAGGGAUGUGAUGUUAGAGACCUACGGGAACCUGGCCUCCUUGGGUCUUGUGGUCUCAAAGCCGGACCUGGUGACCUUUCUGGAGCAAAUGAAGACUCCCUGGGAUGUAAGGAGAACGGACACAACAGCCACAUACUCAGCUGUGUCUUCUCACAACACCCAUGGUUUGAUGUCAGAGAAUCCAAGGUUUGAAAAUUCAAUCCAAAAAGCAAACCUAUAUGAAAGAGCUCCCCUCGGAAAUGAACAUUUAACCAAAGACUGGGGACAUACAAGGGUAUGUGACAGACUGAGAGGAUGUUUACAUGGACAUAAAGACAUUGAGACUGUUUCACGUACUGUGGACAUGACUCUCAGAAGAAAUGAGCUCUGGGAGUCAAAUUGGGGAAAGCACCCGUUUCAGUCAUCACCGUCUGCCACGCAGUGUAUCUUUGUAAGCAAUGACUCACAUCAGUUUUUGAAACACACACGUUCCCUGAGGGGAAAUGUGGAAAAUCUGGAAGGUCAUCCAGUCUCUACUUCAAAUGCUCGUUCAGACCACUCUGAACAUAGACUUCGAUUACACAUACAUUCAACCACGUCUGAAAAGGAGAAGUUUACAAAUGAUGGAGAAAACUCACAAUAUAAUCAACUUGAGGGGUCUGUGAGCUGCAGGUCAUUAUUCUUCCACCAACAGACAGGUUCUCUCCAAUCCAAAAUGUGUAAUGUUGAUAAUAAUGGAGGAGACUUAAUUCAGCCAUCACUGUUUGAUACAUAUAAUGGUAGGGUUAAUAUAAAACAACUUUUCAUGUGUAAUAACACCAGUCAGGCCUUAAGUAGGAGCUCCAACCCCAAUAGUUUCCAGAGUAUUUAUGAUGGAGCAAGAAACUGUUCAUGCACUGACAGUGGAUAUAACAUUGAACAAGACUCUGAUCUUAGGAAACAUCAGGCACCUCAAUCUUCAGAUAAGGAUUCUAAAAGUAAUACAUGUAGGAAUAUCUUUUAUCAAGCAUCAGGUCUUUCACUAAAUAAGAGUACACAUACUGGAGAGAAGACUUACAAUUGUAGUGAAUAUGAUGUGUCUAAUCAGUCUUCAGAACUUAUUCAACAGCAGAGUAUUCAGAAUCCACAGAAAAAGUACAAGUGUAAGAAACGUGAGAAAGUCUUUACUAACGCACUCAACCUAUGUAAACAUAGGGAAAUUCCUACAGGAUGGAACACUUUCAAAUGUACAGAAUGUGACAAAGCGUUUAAUCAGAGUUCAAAACUUAGUCAACAUCAGCGAAUCCAUAUUGGCCAGGAGCCUUAUAAAUGUAAGGAUUGUGGCAAAGGCUUUAUUCAACGCAGAGAUCUUACUUGCCAUCAGAGAAUUCACACUGGAGAGAAACCUUAUAAAUGUCAAGAAUGUAGAAAAGCUUUCAGUCAAUACGCAACUCUUAGUAAACACCAGCGAAUUCAUACUGAAGAGAAGCCUUAUAAAUGUAAGGAUUGUGGCAAAGACUUUAGCCGGGUCUCAGGCCUUAUGUACCAUCAGAGAGUUCAUACUGGAGAGAAGCCUUAUAAAUGUAAGGAUUGUGGCAAAAGCUUUAGCCGGGACUCAGGCCUUAUGUACCAUCAGAGAGUUCAUACUGGAGAGAAGCCUUUUAAAUGUAAGAAUUGUGGCAAAGACUUUAGCCGGCACUCAGGCCUUAUGUACCAUCAGAGAGUUCAUACUGGAGAGAAGCCUUUUAAAUGUCAGGAUUGUGGCAAAGGCUUUAGCCGGCACUCAGGCCUUAUAUCCCAUCAGAGAGCUCAUACUGGAGAGAAGCCUUAUAAAUGUAAGGAUUGUGGCAAAGACUUUAGCCGGCACUCAGGCCUUAUGUACCAUCAGAGAAUUCAUACUGGAGAGAAGCCUUUUAAAUGUAAGGAUUGUGGCAAAGACUUUAGCCGGCACUCAGGCCUUAUGCACCAUCAGAGAGUUCAUACUGGUGAGAAGCCUUUUAAAUGUAAGGAUUGUGGCAGAGGCUUUAGCCGGCACUCUGGCCUUAUAGCCCAUCAGAGAGCUCAUACUGGAGAGAAGCCUUAUAAGUGUAAGGAUUGUGGCAAAGGCUUUAGCUGGCACUCAGGUGUUACUUGCCAUCAGAGAAUUCACACUGGAGAGAAACCUUAUAAAUGUCAAAAAUGUGGAAAAGACUUUAGUCAACACUCUACUCUUACUCAACAUCAGCGAAUUCAUACUGGAGAGAAGCCUUAUAAAUGUAAAGAUUGUGGCAAAGGCUUUAGGCACCGCAGAGGUCUUACUCGCCAUCAGAGAAUUCACACUGGAGAGAAACCUUAACAAUAUAAAGAAUGUGGAAAAGCUUUCAGUCACUAUGCAACUCUUACGAAACAAGAGAAGGCUUAUAAAUGUAAGAUUUGUGACAAAGACUUUAAUCAAGCAUCAGAUCUUUCUCUAAAUAAGAGUAUUCAUAGUGGAGAGAAAACUUACAAUUGUAGUGAAUAUGGUAAAGUUUCUAAUCAGUCUUCAAAUCUGAUUAAGCAGCAGAGAAUUCAGAAUCCACAGAAACAUUACAAGUGUAAUAAAUGUGGGAAAGUCUUCAGUAACUCAUCUAAUAUAAGUAAACACAGGAAGACACGUUCAGGAAGCAAACCUUUCAAGUGUACAGGAUGUGCCAAAGCCUUUAAUCAGAGUUCAAAUCUUAGUCAACAUCAGCAAAUUCAUACUGGCAGGAAACCUUAUAAAUGUAGCAAAUGUGGCAAAGUGUUUAUCUAUUUCUCAACUCUUAGUCAACAUCAGCAAAUUCACAUUGGGGAGAAACCUUAUUAAUGUGCAAAGUGUGGCAAAGCCUUUAAUCAGAACUCAAAUCUUACUCGACACCAGCGAAUUCAUACUGGAGAGAAACCUUAUAAAUGUAAGGAUUGUGGCAAAGCCUUUAGCCGGCGCUAUGGUCUUACUCAACACCAGCGAAUUCAUACUGGAGAGAGACCUUAUAAAUGUAAAGAAUGUGGGAAAGCCUUCAAUACAAACUCACAUCUUACUCAACACCAGCGAAUUCAUACGGGAGUGAAACCUUAUAAAUGUAAGGAUUGUGGCAAAGCUUUUAGCCAGUGCUAUGGCUUUACUCAACAUCAGUUAAUUCAUACUGGAGAGAAACCUUAUAAAUGUAAAGAAUGUGGAAAAGCCUUUAGUCAAUCCUCAACUCUUUCUAAACACCGGCGAAUUCAUACUGGAGAGAAACCUUAUAAAUGUAAAGAAUGUGGAAAAGCAUUUAAUAAAAACUCAACUCUUACUAAACACCAGCGAAUUCAUACUGGAGAGAAGCCUUAUAAAUGUAAGGUUUGUGGCAAAGCCUUUAGCCAGAGCUAUGGUUUUACUCAACAUCAGUUAAUUCAUACUGGAGAGAAACCUUUUAAAUGUAAAGAAUGUGGAAAAGCCUUUAGUCAAUCCUCAACUCUUACUAAACACCAGCGAAUUCAUACUGGAGAGAAACCUUAUAAAUGUAAAGAAUGUGGAAAAGCAUUUAAUAAAAACACAACUCUUACCAGACACCAGCGAAUUCAUACUGGAGAGAAGCCUUAUAAAUGCAAUGAUUGUGGCAAAGCCUUUAGCCAGAGCAAUGGUUUUACUCAACAUCAGUUAAUUCAUACUGGAGAAAAACCUUUUAAAUGUAAAGAAUGUGGAAGAGCCUUUAGUCUAUCCUCAACUCUUACUAAACACCAGCGAAUUCAUACUGGAGAGAAACCUUAUAAAUGUAAGGAUUGUGGCAAAGCCUUUAGCCAGCGCUAUGGCUUUACUCAGCAUCAGUUAAUUCAUACUGGAGAGAAACCUUUUAAAUGUAAAGAAUGUGGAAAAGCCUUUAGUCAAUCCUCAACUCUUACUAAACACCAGCGAAUUCAUACUGGAGUGAAACCUUAUAAAUGUAAGGAUUGUGGCAAAGCCUUUAGCCGGUGCUAUGGCUUUACUCAACAUCAGUUAAUUCAUACAGGAGAGAAACCUUAUAAAUGUAAAGAAUGUGGAAAAGCCUUUAGUCAAUCCUCAACUCUUACUAAACACCAGCGAAUUCAUACUGGAGAGAAACCUUAUAAAUGUAAAGAAUGUGGAAAAGCCUUUAGGCAUAGCAGUCAUCUCACUAGGCAUCUCAGUGCACAUACUGGAGAGAAACCCUCAUAAUGAAAUAAGUGAUGGAAGAAGUUUGUCCUAAACAUACACGUUGGAAAACACGAGACCAUUUAUAUAAGAAGGACAUGGAAUGAUGUAGAAAUGUAAAAGAAAAAAAUGUAGAAAAUGGUUUAAUGAAAAAUGAAAUCUAAAUAAAUACCAGAAAAUCCAUACUAGAAAACUUUACAUCAAUCCUGUUUUCCGAAGUUCCUCUUACAGAGAAGUACUAUAGAUAGUAAUCAACAGUUAAAACAGAUAGAAAAUUGAUAUGUUAGUGUGGAUCACAAGAUGAAAGGUUGAUGUUUAUAAAGGUACAAUUAUUAGCAAUGUAUCCUUGUUUAUACUGACAUGAUUUGUGAUUAUUUGAAAAUGAAUGUAGUUCAACUCUCUACUUACUCCAAGGUAUGAUUCAUUUCUAGUGUGCAUGCAAACUUAUGUUUUUGAUAGUUGGUACCUCAAAGAUGAGAGAAGCCUUUCUAUCUAGGGAGAAAUCAUUUAUAUGUAUUCUCCAUUAGAAGAUUAAGGACACAGUAAUGUAACAUGUACAGUAAACAUCUAAAUGGUGGUGUUUGUCAUCCAUGUCACACAUCCCUGUAGGUCACCAUGAUGUAAGUGUUCAGGGAAUAAUUCCACAUACUAAAGAUGUAAGUUAUUAAGUUAUGCUUUUAAAGGUUAAUAUAAUGACAGUUCACUGAAAUCUUGAUGUGUUUUAUAAUAUCAGCAGAAAUUAUGAAUGUUUAACAUAUUUCAAAUAACCUCUGAUACCCUAAAAUGUAUGGGAAACCCUUCCCAGAAAAUUCCUGUAAUUAUUGUAAGUCUUCUUUCUUAAAUGAUUAGUCUCCAUUUUGUAACCAUAGAAAUCACAGUUGUCAGAUCAUUAUAUCAGAGGAAUGAAUAUUGUUUAUGCUUGCAAUCUGUCUUUUAAUCAAAGUUACACAAUGGAGUAUAAAAGGCUUUAUUCUGACUGUGUGUGAUGUUCAUACAUGUUAAUCAAUAAAACUGAAUGGCUUCUUGUGGUAAA